AGCUGCACGGGCAGCAUGCAGACCUGCCCAGUUGGGGAAGACUCUUGUGCCUUCGCUCUUACCGAAAUCAUACAGGCGGGAGUGAAGAGUCAGAGCUUUCUCAAGGGCUGUAUGCCAUCCAGCGACUGUAAAGUCGGCCCCAUCUCUAUGAAUUUUGGGUAUGGAAUGGCAACAAGGACGAGCAUGGUUUGCUGCGUUGGAGACGCCUGCAGAACAACCACAGUUACAGUGCCCCCGGCUGACACGAAACCCAACGGCCGGCGCUGCCGUGGCUGCUACGUGUUGAACGCUGGUCAAUGCAUUGAACAAACCAUAGCGUGUACUGGACCUGAGACGCAGUGUAUUGACACCGCUGGGACCAUAACCAUGAGUGGAAGUCAAAUGCUGACUGUCGUGAAGGGCUGCGCUUCCGAGUCCAUCUGCACCAAUAUAAGAGUGGGUUCAGGGACCUUCGCAGGGAUAAGUGCAGAUCUAACCACGGCCAAAUGCACAGCGGCCUCCGGCGCGGCGGGCAUGACUCCGGGACCAGCCGGGCUCCUCCUCCCGGCCCUCGCUGGGCUUCUCCUGCUGAAGCUUCUCUCCUGAUUCCCCACCCAGUGCAAUGGCGACAUUGCACUGAAAUACACCCUGCAGCCUGCGUUAGUCCCUCUCCCCCGCGCACGGGUUUUCGUCUCCAGGACGGACUCACAUCCCCUUGAUGUUGCCAGUGGCGUAGCCAGGAUCAAAGAGCAG